AUGCUCGGUGUUUCCAGUCACACUCCCUCUCUCCUCUCGAUGCCCCACGUUCCACAAGAACCACGAAGAUUCACACAGCUAGACCCCACAUCGCGCAAGGCAAACAACGUGGAGCGCCGCGCUCGUCCUUCGAAGCGCUCCUUGGGCUCGGCAUCAUUGCCUGUGCAGGGGUGCAUCCUCACACACUUUGCGCCCCGGCUGUCUGGUCUUCGCUGUGUCCGGCCGGCGCCCGCAGCGAGCCAAAUGGUGGCUGCUGGGGGCCGCGUUUGCCGCGACGCUGAAGGCCGCACGCUGGACGACGACGGUUAA